AUGAAGGUCUUCCUAAUUAUUUCGUUAAUUAAUUGUGCCUUCGCUGACAAGAGAUGUCGUGGAAUUGACUUCGACCAAAAAUAUUUCAACGUUGAUAUUAUCAAAGAAGGUAUAAACCAUCUACAUGAUAUAGCUUUAAACAGAAAUGACAAUAAUGUGUAUUUCACAUACGAAACUUUAUCUGAAGUACCUUCAAAAGUCUUGGGCUAUCUGGACAUCGCUACAAAGAAAGCAGACGUCAUACAUGGUAUUCGUAAUGCAACUGCAAUUACUAUAGAUCAAUUCUACGGUAAAGUAUACGUCGGUGGUGCAGAUGGUCUUUUUAAAAUAAAUGAUCAAAAGUUAGUAGAGAGACUUCCGAUACAAGAUGAUAUAAGAAGUCUAUAUUUUAGAGACGCGCUAUACUUUACAAAUUGGAAUAGAGAAGCAUACAAGUUCGAAGAUGGAUAUGCCACUUUAGUUCGAGAAUUGCGUGGAGUUAAAGUGGAUAAAUUUGUUAUAGAUAAUGACGACAAUAUAUUUUUUACUAUAGAUAAGAAGUUAUUUAGGGUUAAAUUAGGAACUAGAGCUAUAAACUCACAUGAAAUGUACACAGUUGAUUAUUUAACCACUGAUAUAUAUCAUAGGCCGUACAUUUGCACAAGUAAAGGAGUAUACAUGUAUAACAAAUACAAAUAUGUUUAUGAUAAAGUAUCUAAUACAGCUGGAUUAAAGGGUUUGACGUUUAACAAGAGAAAUGAACCGCUUUACGCGGUAGCUGAUUACUUAGUUAAAUUAAAAUUAAGUGAAAUACCUUGUUUCGAAGAUUUAAGUUCGUAUAGCGGAUAUUAA